UAUGACAAAUGACGUGCCGGGGAUAAAACCGUACAAACCGUGAAAACGUUAAAAACAGGGAAACAAAAGCCCAACUAGCUUGCUGCUUCUUCCAAGUUCCAACUCUUUUAAACUCCAAAACCGGGUUCGGAUCCAUUGACUUCAACUCUAAACUCCUCCAACCCACUACUGGGCCCCACCCACAAAUCAACCCCAACAAGUCCCCGCAACGGCCCAACCAUCACCACCACCGCCACCGCCACCACCAACCUCCACAGCUCUCAAACAAAAAACCCCCAAUUCCCCCCAAACCCUAAUCCCAAAAUUCUAAAUCUCUAGCCCUAACCACCCCCACAGAAAUGUCCACCCCACCCCCGCCCUCCCCCACGGCCUCAGUCUCCGCCUCGCCCACACCCUCCGCCAAGAAGCCCCAGCCUCUGCCGUGGACCCACGAGGAGACGGUGCAGCUGAUCCGGGCCUACCAGGAGAAGUGGUACGCGCUGAGGAGGGGACAGUUGAAGUCGAGCCAGUGGGAGGAGGUGGCGGUGACCGUGGCGGCUCGGUGCGGCUACGAGUACGGCGAGCCGUCGAAAUCCGCCACGCAGUGCCGCCACAAGAUGGAGAAGCUCCGGCAGCGACACCGCGGCGUUAAGAAGCGCCUAGGCCAGCGGACAAAGUCCGGUUGGCCCUUCUUCGAGCUCAUGGAGCAGAUGGAGCGCGGGCCCAUGCCCAUCUCGGCCAUGCCAAUGGGGGAGAUGCCACAUCAGCUAGAGGAAGAAGAGCGUGAUUAUCACGGCGGUGGCGAUGACGAAGACGAUGAGGAGAACUCUAACAGGGUCCGGAGCAUUGACUACAUCCUGCGGAGGCCGACGUUUGUGAACAGAUUUUCCGGAAAAGACCCGUUUUUGCAGGGACCGGCGGCGUUAAAGAGGGGGAGAGAGGCGGUGGACGACGGAGACGUGGUGGAGCCGGCGCAGCAAAGGGGGAGGGAGAUGGUGGUGGAAUUAGCAGACGAGAUGAGGGCAUUCGCCCAGCAGUUGAUCGGGGUUGAGAACACGAGGAUGGAGAUGAUGAAGGAAACGGAGAGGUGUAGAGUGGAGAUGGAGAAGAAGAGGAUGAGCAUGAUCCUGCAGUCACAGCAGAAGAUUGUUGACUCCAUUAACACAGCUUUCGGCAGCAGCUGAUCAUGAAUUUCAUCAACCUAAUUCGUUUCCAAGGUAGAUUUUCGAUUCGAGUAUAAUGUUAUGGUUCUUGUGUUCGUUGUUGAAUUGGAUUUGUAUAGUUGACAGUUGAAGCCCAGAAUUUAUGCGUAGUGUCAUAGAGUUUAAGUUUAAUUUGUCAAGGAUUCAAUCUC